AUGCGUGCCUUCGAAGCGAGUAAAGACUGGCGCCACCCGUUAGCUGCUCGCACGGCUUACAAACGGAUUGCGAACGGCUUCUUUUCCUCCUUUCUGACUCGCAAUGCCCGUCCUCCCCAUUCACCCUUACCCUUCCCUCCUUCCCCCCUCCUUUCGCUUCCCCCCAUCUCCCCCUCCCUCCGCUUCGCUCUUCCCCGAUUCCCUCCCUCUUCCCCCCCGUUUCCCCCCCGCUUCCCCUCCGCUUGCCCCCCGCUUUCCCCCCGCUUCACCUCCGCCAGGUGCGGGCAUUGCAAGAAGCUGGCCCCGGACUAUGACAAAUUCGGGGCUGCCUUUAAAGAGACCGAAUCGGUGGUUGUCGGUAAGGUGGACUGUGACAAACACAAGAAGCUCUGCAGCGAGUACAAAGUGAAGGGCUACCCGACGCUCAAGUGGUUUCCGAAAGGGGCCUCCAAACCUGAAGACUACACAGGGGAGCGCAGUGUGGAGGAUCUGGUGGAAUUUACGAACGAAAAGCUGGGCACCAGUGUUGAGCCACCAGCGCCACCACCAUCGCACGUGGUAACCCUGUUGCCCAACACCUUUGAUGCCGUGGUGCUGGAUCCCUCCAAGUUCGUGCUUGUGGAGUUCUACGCGCCCUGGUGCUCGUUUUGCCAAGACCUUGCUCCGGCAUACGAGCAGCUUGGGCGGGCAUUCAGAGACGAGGAGAACGUGGUGAUCGCCAAGCUGGACGCGAGCAAGCACAGAGAGCUCAAAGAGAGGUACAGCAUAACGGGUUACCCCACCAUACUAUGGUUCCCUCCGUCCAACAAGCAAGGCGAGAGCUACGAGGGCGCGUGGGAGUUGAGAGACCUUCUGGCGUUUGUGAACAGGGAGGCGGGGACCCACAGAACCAACACGGGAAUGCUCUCUGAUAUGGCCGGGCGCAUAGCAGCUUUGGACGAGCUGGCCCGCGGGUUUAUUGCAGCAAGCAAGGAGGGGAGAGAGGAGCGACUGGGCAAGGCGGAGAGGGUGACAGUGAGCGAGGAGGAGAGCAAGCAAGCAAGCAUGUACAUCACGGCGAUGAGGAAAAUCAUGGAGAAGGGCGAGCAGCACGUGGAGGACGAGCUGAACCGCGUGGGCAGAAUGCUGCUCGGGGGCGAGCAGAAUGUGGAGGGCAAGCUGAACCGCGUGGGCAGGAUGCUGCUCGGGGUGAGUUCCAACUAA